AUGGAGAGCCCGUUGGCCGGGUCCUCCAUGCAGGGCGAGGCGGACUCCUCCGCGGCGCCGCCCAGGCGCGACCACCAGCCCGGGAGGGCCGGAGUCCUCGACUCGGCGGAGGACACCGGGGAGGCAUCUGAGGAACGUCCCUUGCUCGGUGAUCGAGUCAGGGAAACCCAUGGCCAUCCCGCUGCUGUUGCAUCAGCCAAAGACAUGGAAGUUCCUGCUCCUGUGAAGAAUGAAGAGGAGGGUGUGGGGCUGCUCGAAGUCCCUGAUGCAGAUGUGGACAACACCCUUUUCCAGGAGGUCGACCUGCACAUCAAGGCUGUCAACGUCCAAAGCCCACAUGUCAUCCCCGAUGCAGUGCAAGCCUGGAGCGGUGGCAGACGCCACAUGAUUGCUUGGCUCUGCUUGUCCAUCGUCCUCCUGGCCGUGCUGAUCUGGUCUGUUGAGAGCUGGCUAGGCCCGAUCGUCGCGAUCGUUGGUUCCAUCAUGUACUUGUGUCCGCGUGCAACGAGCAACUUGCGGGCCAACGCCAAGUCCAUCAUGAUCUGCAGUGUGUCAGCUUUCCUGCUGGACUUCUUCUUUGGCUUGAGGCUGAUCUUGUUAGGGGCAGCAUUCGCAGCAGAGGGGAUGCAUGGGUACCUGGGCUACUUGUUGCCAGGCCUUGCGCUCUUCCUGCAUUCGCUCUUCUGCAUGGUGGUCUUCAGGAAAGCCACCGAGAUGUCCGUGCGCAUCGCACCAGUGCACUUCGACACGAUACAGGUGUCAUGA